AUGAGACUGUUUACGACCUUAUUGUUUCUCAUAACCGCAACAUUGCUUGCUCUUGUCGAAGCGGACCUGGAGUCUGCAGCAGCCUUGUACCCAAAAUGUGGUCUUGACUGUACCCUAGCAGGCAUUGCUCAGUCAGACUGCUCUGCAACGGACCAAGCAUGUAUUUGCACGAACCAGCAGUUGGCAGAAACCAUCACAAUCUGCGUUGCCAUGAACUGUACGAUCAAAGAACAAUUGACAACUAAGAAUGUGUCCAUGACGGCUUGCGGUGCUCCCAUACGUGACAGAAGCAAUCUUGUCUCUGGGUUUGGAGCAGGAGGAGGCGCGGUGGCCCUCGUGAUCUUCCUGGUACGCAUCUUUGCCAAAAUUACGGUUCCUGCGGCAAAGAUUGGUUACGACGACAUCACCAUCACUAUUGCAAUGAUUCUCCUUGUAGCAUUCUCGGCGUUGUCAGUAGUCCUUGCUAGUCACGGCUAUGGCAAAGAUAUCUGGACUGUACCAUUUGACGAUAUUACCCUCAUUCUCAAGGUAUAUUUCAUCGACGAACUGCUCUAUAUCGUCAUUAUUUCUUUGACGAAGGUGGCCAUCAUCUGCUUUUACCUUCGAGUCUUCCCAGAGAAGAACUUCCGACGGAUAGCCUUCGGUACCAUGGCCGUGACGCUCCUCUACAUGAUCGCCUUUCUCGUUGUUUCGGCCUUUCAGUGUCAACCGGUGUCUUUAGCAUGGACGCACUGGGAUGGCGAGCACGAAGGAAGAUGCAACAACGUCAACGCCCAAGGAUGGGCUGCAGCAGCCAUCAACAUUGCUCUGGACGUGGUCAUCCUCGUGAUGCCGCUGCGGCUUGUGAUGAAGCUCAACCUGCACUGGAAGAAAAAGUUACAAAUCAUGCUCAUGCUAAGUGUGGGAGUAUUUGUCAUCGUCGUCAGCGCCCUGCGAUUGGACACCCUCUUCCAGUUUGCCACAUCCCAAAACCUCACGUGGGACACCACAGCCUUCGGGUACUGGUCCUGCAUUGAGAUGGACGUCGGGGUCAUCUGCGCCUGCAUGCCUGCCAUGUACUCGUUGUUCAAACACUACUUCCCCAAGAUCAUUGGCUCGACAGUCCAAGGAAAGAGCAAGGCAAGCGGCCUCUCUGGCAGCAGGAGCGGAGCUCGAACCCCAGGGAUACAGUUUGACAGGCGGAAGGAUGACAAAGACGGCGGACAGGAUUUUGUGCGUUUGGUUGACCUUGAGAGCGUGAAGGAAGACCGUGUUGGCACUGCACCUGGGACUGCAUUCUAG